AUGCAUGGACAUCAACAAAUAACUAUGCCUUUUUAGCUAUUACGGCACACUGGAUUACAAAAGAUUGGAAGCUUCAAGAUGAAUUAUUAGAUUUUAUAAAUCUUUCUGGUCCUCAUUCUGGCGAAAAUCUCUGUGAAGCUUUUGUAAAAAGUUGUCAUGAAUUUGGAAUUUUAACAAAGAUUUUUACAAUUACAAGUGAUAAUGCUUCAAAUAAUGAUACCUUUAUGAAAUAUUUAGAAAUUAUCUGUGAAGAAGAAAAUAUUUCUUUUAAUGCUAUCAAUUCUCAUUGUCGUUGUAUUGCUCAUAUUAUAAAUUUAGUAGUUCAAGAUAUUUUAAAGCAAAUUAAAGCUGGUGAAGCACAAACAGAAGAUAAUAUUUUGGAUAAUAUUGAUACAAUUAUAACUGCUGGAGAGAUAAUUCCAAAGCUUCGUAAACUUAUAGUUAAAAUAAGAUCAUCACCACAACGUAAAGAACGUUUUAUACGUCAUGCUGAACAUUUGAAAUGCGUGAAUUCAGAUAAAGAACUGCAAAAUUUUGAAUUUAGUGAUGAUGAAUGGUAUAGAAUUAAUGAAAUUAUAUCUGUUUUAAAGAUAUUUGUACGAACUACCAAAGCACUUUCAUCUGCAAAAUAUCCUAUGCUUUCCUCUGUUAUACCAAUAUAUAACUAUUUAAUAGAUGGACUUGAAACAUAUUGUGAUAAGUUUGACAGUCCUAAUGAUAUAGUAACUGCUGUUAAAGCAGGCUUGAAGAAACUUGAAACAUAUUAUACAAAAACAGAUAAUACAACUAUAUAUACAAUUGCUACUGUACUUGAUCCACGAUUCAAACUAGAUUAUUAUAUUGAUAAUAAUUGGAAACAAAAUUUUAUUCAUUAUGCUAAAAAAACAGUUCUUGAUGUUUAUACUAAUUAUAUAUCUGAUAUUAAUACAGAAGAUGAUAAUAAUGAUGAUAACGAUGAAAAUGAUGAAUUUUUAGAUCAUAUUUUUGGUAAACAGCAAAAAAUUCAAAAUAAUGAAGUAGAAUUAUAUUUAAAAACUCCUCGAGCAGCACGAGAUCAGGAUAUUCUUCUUUG